GCGGGCGCGGGCGGCCUCGGCGGCGCCGCGAGCGGAGACGCAGGCUCAAGAUGGCAGAAGCCGCCUGAGGCGGGGGGGGCCGAGCCCGCGCGCCGCGUUCCCGCGCCCGUUGCCAUGAGCCGCGGACACCCCAGCCCCGACGGCCCGCAUGUGCGAAGGAGCAGUCUGGAGAGCUGUGUCUUCUAGGCAUCUUCUGAAGAGUGUUGUGGUUCAGUUCCCAAGAACACACACACACAAAAGGUGAAGAAGGCAAUCUAGAGUGUCCACUUCAACAUGGUAUGGCCUCACAUGUGCAAGUUUUCUCCCCUCACACCCUUCAGUCAAGUGCCUUCUGUAGUGUGAAGAAACUGAAAGUUGAGCCGAGUUCCAACUGGGACAUGACUGGGUACGGCUCCCACAGCAAAGUGUAUAGCCAGAGCAAGAACAUCCCACCUUCUCAGCCAGCCACCACAACCGUCAGCACCUCCUUGCCGAUCCCAAACCCAAGCCUCCCUUACGAGCAGACCAUCAUCUUCCCAGGAAGCACCGGGCACAUAGUUGUAACAUCAGCAAGUAGCACUUCUGUCACCGGGCAAGUCCUCGGCGGACCACAUAACCUAAUGCGUCGAAGCACUGUGAGCCUCCUUGAUACCUACCAAAAAUGUGGACUCAAGCGUAAGAGUGAGGAGAUUGAGAAUACGAGCAGCGUGCAGAUCAUCGAAGAGCAUCCACCCAUGAUUCAAAAUAAUGCUAGUGGGGCCACUGUAGCCACUGCCACUACAUCCACUGCCACCUCCAAAAACAGUGGCUCCAACAGUGAAGGUGAUUAUCAACUGGUGCAGCAUGAAGUACUGUGCUCCAUGACCAACACCUACGAGGUUUUAGAGUUCUUGGGCAGAGGGACAUUUGGGCAAGUGGUCAAGUGCUGGAAACGAGGUACCAAUGAAAUUGUGGCCAUCAAGAUCCUGAAGAACCAUCCUUCAUAUGCCCGGCAGGGUCAGAUAGAAGUGAGCAUUUUGGCCCGGCUGAGCACAGAGAGCGCCGAUGACUACAACUUUGUUCGGGCCUAUGAGUGCUUCCAGCAUAAGAACCACACAUGCUUGGUCUUUGAGAUGUUGGAGCAGAACCUCUAUGACUUUCUCAAGCAGAACAAGUUUAGCCCCUUACCCCUCAAAUACAUUCGCCCGGUCCUCCAACAGGUAGCGACAGCCCUGAUGAAACUCAAAAGCCUGGGUCUUAUCCAUGCCGACCUCAAACCAGAGAAUAUCAUGCUGGUGGAUCCAUCCAGACAACCAUACAGAGUAAAGGUCAUCGAUUUCGGCUCGGCCAGUCACGUGUCCAAGGCCGUGUGCUCCACCUACUUGCAGUCACGGUAUUACAGGGCCCCUGAGAUCAUCCUGGGUUUACCAUUCUGUGAGGCGAUUGAUAUGUGGUCCCUGGGCUGUGUCAUUGCAGAGCUGUUCCUGGGCUGGCCGUUAUAUCCAGGAGCUUCAGAGUAUGAUCAGAUCCGGUAUAUUUCACAAACACAGGGUUUGCCAGCUGAAUAUUUAUUAAGCGCAGGGACAAAGACAACCAGAUUUUUCAACCGUGACACAGACUCGCCAUAUCCUUUGUGGAGACUGAAGACACCAGAUGACCAUGAAGCAGAGACGGGGAUUAAGUCAAAAGAAGCAAGAAAGUACAUUUUCAACUGUUUAGAUGAUAUGGCCCAGGUGAACAUGACGACAGAUUUGGAAGGGAGUGACAUGCUGGUGGAGAAGGCAGACCGGCGAGAGUUCAUCGACCUGUUGAAGAAGAUGCUGACCAUAGAUGCUGAUAAGAGAAUCACUCCGAUCGAAACCCUGAAUCACCCUUUUGUCACCAUGACACACUUGCUUGAUUUUCCACACAGUACACAUGUCAAAUCAUGUUUUCAAAACAUGGAGAUAUGCAAGCGGCGAGUGAAUAUGUACGACACGGUGAACCAGAGCAAAACCCCUUUCAUCACACAUGUGGCCCCCAGCACAUCUACCAACCUGACCAUGACCUUUAAUAACCAGCUGACCACUGUCCACAACCAGGCUCCCACCUCCACCAGUGCCACUAUUUCCUUAGCCAAUCCUGAGGUCUCCAUACUAAACUACCAAUCUACACUCUACCAGCCCUCAGCGGCAUCCAUGGCUGCAGUGGCCCAGCGGAGCAUGCCCCUGCAGACGGGAACAGCCCAGAUUUGUGCCCGACCUGACCCCUUCCAGCAAGCACUCAUCGUGUGUCCCCCUGGCUUCCAAGGCUUACAGGCCUCUCCCACCAAGCAUGCUGGCUACUCAGUGCGCAUGGAAAACGCCGUUCCCAUCGUCACUCAAGCCCCGGGAGCUCAGCCUCUUCAGAUCCAGCCAAGUCUGCUUGCUCAGCAGGCCUGGCCAAGUGGCACCCAGCAGAUCCUGCUCCCCCCAGCUUGGCAGCAGCUAACUGGAGUGGCCACACACACAUCCGUGCAGCAUGCAACUGUGAUUCCUGAGACCAUGGCAGGCACCCAGCAGCUGGCCGACUGGAGAAACACGCAUGCUCACGGCAGCCAUUACAAUCCCAUCAUGCAGCAGCCUGCCCUAUUGACAGGUCAUGUGACCCUUCCCGCUGCCCAGCCCUUAAAUGUAGGUGUGGCCCAUGUGAUGCGACAGCAGCCAACCAGCACCACCUCCUCCCGGAAGAGUAAGCAACAUCAGUCCUCUGUGAGAAACGUCUCCACCUGUGAAGUGUCGUCCUCGCAGGCCAUCAGCUCCCCACAGCGAUCCAAACGUGUAAAGGAGAACACACCCCCCCGCUGCGCCAUGGUGCACAGCAGCCCGGCCUGCAGUGCCUCUGUCACCUGCGGGUGGGGUGACAUGGCCUCCAGCACCACCCGGGAGCGACAGCGGCAGACGAUUGUCAUCCCAGACACCCCCAGCCCCACAGUCAGCGUCAUCACCAUCAGCAGUGACACAGAUGAGGAGGAGGAGCAGAAACACGCCCCCACCAGCACUAUCUCCAAGCAAAGGAAAAAUGUCAUCAGCUGCGUCACAGUCCACGACUCUCCGUACUCCGACUCCUCCAGCAACACCAGCCCAUACUCUGUGCAGCAACGCACUGGGCACAACACCUUUGACACCAAAGGGGGGCUGGAGAACCAUGGCAAUCCCCGAACCAUCAUCGUGCCCCCCCUGAAAACCCAGGCCAGCGAAGUACUGGUGGAGUGUGACAGCCUGGGGCCAGUCAGCACCAGUCACCACUCCUCCUCCUACAAGUCCAAGUCCUCCAGCAACGUGACCUCUACCAGCGGUCACUCUUCAGGGAGCUCAUCGGGAGCCAUCGCCUACCGGCAACAGCGGCCAGGCCCCCAUUUCCAGCAGCAGCAGCCCCUCAACCUCAGCCAGGCUCAACAGCACAUGGCCACGGACCGCGCCGGGAGCCACCGACGGCAGCAGGCCUACAUCACUCCCACCAUGGCCCAGGCCCCAUACUCCUUCCCACACAACAGCCCCAGCCAUGGCACCGUCCACCCCCACCUGGCUGCUGCUGCCGCCCAUCUCCCCACACAGCCGCACCUCUACACCUACACAGCACCAGCCGCCCUGGGCUCCACUGGCACCGUGGCCCACCUAGUGGCCUCCCAAGGCUCGGCGCGCCACACUGUGCAGCACACUGCCUACCCGGCCAGCAUCGUCCACCAGGUCCCCGUGAGCAUGGGCCCCCGGGUGCUGCCCUCACCCACCAUCCACCCGAGUCAGUAUCCAGCCCAGUUUGCCCACCAGACCUACAUCAGCGCCUCGCCAGCCUCCACCGUCUACACUGGAUACCCACUGAGCCCCGCCAAGGUCAACCAGUACCCUUACAUAUAAACACUGGAGGGGGCCAGGGAGGGAGGAGGGGGCGCCGGCCACCCCGGGAGCUGCCACAUACUGAAGGUGCCACACACACACAAUGCAAACAGGGUGGGCGGGAGGGGCAGGGACAGGACUCAGAGAAACUUGAACCAGGAAGUGAGAGGACUUAGAGCAGAGAAGAGAACAUUUUGAAAGGAAGGGAUUGAGGAGGGGAAAAAUCUAUGCUUUUUAUUUUAAAAAAGAAAAAGAAAAAAAAAAUAUCAGUAACAGAAAAACACAGCUCAUGAACCCAUUCCGCACCCAACUGGAAAGGAGAAGAGAGCCGCAGGAAGAUCCCAGGAGUGAGGGGCCCCAGUUUUUGAAGAAUUUUAUCUAUGAACUUUUCAAAGAUUAUUUUCAUAUGGCAGCAAGUGACACUGAAGAAUUUGCUGUCAGGGACACCUGAUGGGAAGUCCAAUAGAUUUUUAAUGAAUUGAACAGAAGAAUUAGGGAUUUUUCCAGAACUCUAAAGGGUCAACACCAUUUCAGGGUGUCAGGCCAUGGCUGAAAUCAGGGGCCGAUGCACGGGGUUUGGUCUGGGGGAGCCCAGGUCUGGCGAAUUCGUCAGGAGCAGUGGGGAACAGCCAGGCUAAUGGGACCUCUUGGGAGAGGGGCUGGUUUUCUCUUUCUGAGCACUCUGGAGAAAUCCCUAAGCAAUGUUAUUCCUCAGAUGUCAUUAAUAAUGUGUGUUGCAAACUUUAGGUUCCCCCACACACACCCUCGAAGAUUUAGUUUCUCUUUGAAUCAACCCCUAGUCACAUAGCAUAGGGCUAGCGGUCGUCAACGACACCCUAGUAGAAUGUAGCACUCGCACCCUUGUUUUCUACCUUGUGUUCAACUCCAGUGAUACCAAUAGACUAUUCCUAUGUAAUUGCACAAAAAAAUGGGAUAGCAUAGGCAUGUAACCAAUGUGGUGGUCCAGGUGAGCAAGCGAGCAAGCGCGUGUGGGUGUGAGCGCCGGUGCCGCCUCCCCUGUGUUCCUCAGCACCGCCGUCACGGCCCUCAGUCUUGAUUUUACACCAUUCCCUCCUAGUGCCUUACUGAACAACAGACAGACGCGUGUGAGGGUUUACUUCCACUGGUUCACAGCAGGCUGAGCUUGUCAGCGGGCGCCUCUCUUCUGUUGCGCAGUGGUAACAUUUUACUUGAGUCUUUCCUUUUUUUGUUGGGUUUUUCUCCUUGUUUCAUGCCAUUGUCUUUCUUGGGCUGUCUGCAAGUAGGAUGUCAGGGAAGCUGGCAGGACCAUGAGAAUUCAAGGAUCUUGAGAGCUGUUUGGGAGCCAAAAGGUGAUGAAGAUCUCUGAUGACAGAAAUGGUUUUUGUUGUUUCCUUUGGGGCACCCUUCACCCUCACCCAUCCGUGCCCAAGCUCUGCUGUGUGUGGGACCUAGGAUUUAGGCAUGUCAGCUUUGCCAGCGGCUUCCGGCCUCCAGGCCCAGCACAGCGUACUGGGGCCAUCUGUGGAGAGGCCCGGAGGCCAGGUGUCUGUCUCCAGUGGCACCCCAGUCCCUCCCUUCCACAAGAAGCCUAGUAUGCUCAGAUCUGCGCCACGCUUUUCUCUCCCACCAGCACUGCAGAGAGGGGCUUCCUCUGUAGACAACCACCAACCUGUUCCUGUUGAAUUCAUCCCUUGAGUUGCCCAGAUCUGCCCGAGAGUUUGGGCCCCACAGUUUGGGUUUUGGAAUUUGAAGGGUCUGGUGGGCAGAAGGCUGGAAGAACGCUGGUGAGAGUGACCAGAGCUUCUCCACUGCACUUGGGAAAAAACUCACAGACAGUGAAAUCGCCAAAUUCAACCCUGUACCCUCUUCACACCUCUGACACUUCUGGAAGUGUUCUCAGGCUUAGAACACUGCAGGCAGUGGGGUGAGUGGGAAGUAGAUCCUGCUGCUUAGAGUGGACCAGUCGAGCUGGGGACACUAUAGAAGCUUUCUGGGCAGGGAUGGGCUUCAAAGGAUGGCUCUGAUUGUUUGGCCCUGGCACAGAGUCCCAGCCCAUCCCUCAGUCAAGUUCCCAGUGCACCGAGAUCUUCCAGCCAGCAGCCUGUCCUCCCUUCCUUCAUCUCUUCCCUCACAGGCCCUGAGCAAUCUACUGUGAAAGGGUUUUCGUAGCGAAGUCCACCGCCUUUAGUAGCGAAGCCAUGACUUAGCUCUUAGCUGUGAAAGAACUCUGGAAACUUCCCCACCCCAACCCUAAAUUCUUACCUUAUAAAGAAACAAGUCCCCAAACUAGAAGUGGCUUAGGGCAGGCCUUGGGGCAAAAGGAAGCACAGCAUGACCUGCAUAAAGCUGAGCACAUGCUGGCAGCACUGUAGGGACACAGAGACAGAGUGGCGACAGCCUAUAGCAGGGAGUCACUCUCCUUGCCAUGAUCAAUACCAGCAUCAGCUGGAGGUGGGGCGGUGCCCGGCCUGAGACUGGGAAGCUGGGUGGUUCAGAGAGAACGAGGGAGCCCUCCCUGAGCCACGCCAGCCUGGGAGACAUGGCUGCCACAGACCUUUGGGCAGCCAGAUGGCAGCAGUGUUCCAUGGCAUCUCAUACUGAGUCACGCAGCAUCAGCUCAGCAGCCUCACUUUGCUGUCCUGGGCAGCACGCUGGCCUGCGUGGCACAACACAGUUCCAGUCCUCUAGAUCUGUUCUCUUAGGGGAAAGAUGACCUAAAAGUUCUGCUCAUUUCUUUUUGUCUCCUUAAGUGGAAGCUUCUUAACUCUUUCUCCUGAAAUUUUCUUUCCUUUUCUCCUCCCAGACAGGAAUGAAAAUUCCAUGCUGCUCAUAAUGUUAAUAUUAUCAUGCUGAUUAUUUUAUUUUUGUCAUUGCCAUUAUAUUUAUGAUCAUCAUUAUCCUGUUGCUAUUUUAGUCAGGGUUUUAAAUGCACAUUUAUUCCAAGUAUCUUUGUGUUUCCCUUUAAUAUUUAAACUUAUAAUAUUAUGCCUGUGAGUAUCUGAGUAGACUGGAGGGAUGCACAGAUGUCCAAUUUUGUCAGACAAAAAGGAAAGACCCAGGAUUUAGGAAAAUUAUUCCUGUCAUCUCUAUUCUACGAAUAGCUAUCAUGAAAGACCCGCCAUAGAACAAAGUUGAAAGAAGGUGUCACGACCUUUCUCUAUAGUCCAGCCUGGGCUCUGGGCAACACGACCAUCGUCAAUGUAUGUCCCUAGAUUUCCAGGGACCGAGGGCCCAAGGAGGCAGCUUGUGGGUGAGGGGCUGCUGGGGCACCCCUUAGACUAUUGAACCCUAGCCCUUACACAGCAUCUCCCCCAGUUGUCUCCUCUCCUGUGCUUCUGAUACAUAAGCCACAAAAGCCCCUCUCUUCCCAGAGCUGACCCAGCCCCUUUGCACAACAUUCCCCCUUUUCCCACGAGCACGCCCAGAGUGUGGUUUGUGUCCCUCUUGGAAGCCACUGGUGGGAAGCCUGGAGUAAGAGUAACGGGUGCUGGAGCCUCCCCGGGAUGUUUCAGCCCCACCGUUCUCCAUUCACCCUCCCCACUUUCCCUGCACACACACAUCCUCCCAGCGUGCAGUUCACUGAGCCAGGAAGGAGUGUCCGAAUUGGGAGGAAGCAGAGAGCCCUCAGCAAGGUCCAGCAGCCAGCCAGACGUUGCAGGCCACACCCCCUCAUCUUUGCCAAAUGGAAAGCCACAGCAGGGCCAUGUGGCUAGCCCCUCGGGUUCUGAUGCCCCCUUAGUGCCUGCACUGUAGAUGAUGGCUGCCCAUGGGCUACCUACCAAGCCACUGUGAAGAAAGGUUUGACAUGGGCAGCUCCUGUGAGCAGAAAUGAGUUGUUGGACAGUGGACAGACAUUCGGUAGAUGUUUGUGCCCACCUGAGUCCUCACCUCACACCCUCUUCUAAUCCUGAGCACAGAGGUGUUGCGUCAGAAGCCAUACAAGAAGAUCCCAGUGUGCUCAUUAGCACCCUUGCCCAGAUCCCCACUGGUGCUCAGCACUGAGUACCCUCGGCAAAGCUGCCUUCCCUGGACCAAGCUUUCAAGUGGAGGGAUACCCACCUCCCUAUUCAGACCCCAACUCCCCCAGCACAUCCUCUAGUCUUGGAUGGGCUCUAUCCUUCCUCAGGGAAGAAAAUGGUCCUGAGCAAGAAGUUGGCAAGGACAGGUCUGGGAGAGGCAUCUGGUUGGAGCCUUAUGAACCUCAAGGCAACCUGCUUCUGUGUGCCAUUUCUCACUGAUGUGUCUGGGCACUGGCACCCGUGUCUCUGCUCAGUUUGGGACAUUUCCAAGGGAAAGGGGUGAGCAGGGUGUGGUGGGCGAGUCCAGUGUGGUUGCCAGUUACCACUGUGGGGCGCAGCAAGUGGUCGGCAAAUUCAGAGGAGGAAGGAGGCUGGAGAGAACGACCAUUUCCGUUUGCCUCCUGGGCUGCAUGGACUUGUCGUGCCCUCCUGGUGGCUGGGUCUCUGGGGUGUGGAAGCUAGCUAGGCUGACCUCCCAGCCUGGAGCACCCAGCCUGCCCAAUCGCCACUGUGUCGGACAGGUUGGGAAGGGGAGCUGGGCACACCUGAUGGGAUGAUGUCCCUUGACUCAGUCUCAGGAGUUGCAGACACUCAUUUUGGAACAAGCUCGUGGAGGAGGAAUUGGGUCAUGUGAGUGUGUGUGAGUGAGGAGCACAAACGUUCUUGGGAACCAGAGCACGGAGACGAGCAGGCUUCAGGAAGUGUUGCUGAUAUUCACGGUCGCUGGACUGACACAGGUCCCCACCGUUAUCUGGACAAGGGCAGGUAAGAUAGGGGACAGCUGCUCCAGCUGGCCUGCCAAGGAGCCACUAGGACAGAAAACAGAAGAAAAUAGCUCAGUGCCCUCAACUAGCAGAGAGAACUCUCAACAGAGAGCCAACAGUUCAUCGGCAGGCCCAGCCUGGCACUGUGCGAGGCUGGCAGGAGCUAUUUGCCACAACACAUUGCAGCCCUGGGACACACAGGCUCCUUUCCCCAUUUGUUUCUUCUUUCUGGUGUUUGACAGAUUUUCAAAGGGGAAGCCUCAAAAUUGAGCAGGUCAGUGAUGUCCUUACCAAAUUGGAAAGGGAAGCGAAACUGUUCCUUUCUGUAGCCAAAGAAUCCUCAAAGACGCCUCCAGAGAUGAGAACAUGACAUCCCUCUUGCUCCUUUCUGAGCAAUAAUGACAUCAUCGGUGACACAAUUCCAUUUUUCUUUCGGCCCUGACUUUUUUUUAAUUGCUUUUUUGAUUGCAUUUAUUUUAAAACUACACUCAUCUUGGAGAGGAGGAGUAGUGACCCUACAUUGCUGCUGCUACAUAAAGGCAGAGGCCCCACACCCAUCAUGCGUGACUGCAGGCACAACAAAGGCUCCGAUGACAGCGUGCCACCACUCCAUGCCUCAGGACUGUUUCUCAUCUCCACACUGGACUCAGUCAAAUUUGUCAGGCCACUGGAGAUGGAACGUGGCAAAAUGGGAUUUAAAUGCAAAAGGCCUCCUGAAGGCUUUUUGGCACUGUGGCUCACUUAGCAGAGGUUUCUCAAAAUCUUCAGGACAGCUUCCAAAAGAUCAAGAGAGCUAUCUCCAGGCUGGUCCUUCCCUUGAGAUUCCAUGAGGUUUACAAAGAAGUGGCCCUGGGAGCACCCUGUCACCGAACCCCAGCAUGCAGCCUCCUGAGCCCCCAGCUUAACUCCCACAAGCCUUCGAGAGCCCCUCAUCUCAGACCCAUGCACUGCCUCUUUGUUCAAACUUGCAAUAUCCCUUAAGGACAGCACUUGCUGAAUGCUUUCAGUACUGCAGGCCCCAUGCCAAGCCCCUUAGAAGUUCAUCUCAUGGUGCCAUCACAGCCACACACACACCAUUGGCGAUGAGCCAACUGAUUGUGAGUGGCAUGUAUUAAAAAGUACAGUGGUGGUCCAGAAUCUCCAAGUUUCUAGUCACUUUUUGUUAAUCAGGACUUUACUGAGAUGUGAUUUUGUUCCACUUUCUUCCAUAGCAAUGAGUGGCCUCAUCUUUCUGAUGACCCAUUUAGCAACACCCCCAUUUCCUGUGUGCCAAACACUGCUCAGAAUCACUAACUGGUUGUCUUAUCUCAUUUUGUCUUCACAUUAACCCUGUCAGACCGGCAAUAUCAGUCCCUUUACAAGAGAGAUGUCUGAUGUGCAGGGUUUGAACCUGAGUCUGCCAGGCUACGGAACUCAGCACGCAGCCACCAGCGUCAGCUGUCUGCUGUGUAUCUGUUGAAAAGAAAGGCUUUAAGGAAUGUCACUCUGUGCAAAAAGAACCUGAAUCAGAUGCAGGCAGAGGGGCAGAAUUAGUUUGACUUUUAAGAAAAAUCUCUGGGGAGUUUCUUUUGAUUUCUACAAUUCCUUUUAGAUUUCUUUCCAGCAAACCAACUAGCUUUAGUAAUGCUGCUAUAACAAACUCUUAGGAGAGUGAAGGGGAAAAAAGUAUUCUUCUCUUCUUUUAAAAAAAAUAAUUUUUCUUGCUUAUAGUUAACUCUAGAAAGGCAAUACUAAAGGUAUAUAUUUUUUUCAAAAUGCUAUUUUUUACUGCACUUGAUAAAUAUGAUGGCUCUGGUCUCUGUAACAGAUCCACUCUUCAGCUCCAGGCAGAACCAGAGACAGGGUUCACACCAAAUUUGUAAAUACCGUGUGUAGGCCUGGUGUUCAGGAACUUUUUUCUUUUCUGAAGAAAAAAGAAGAAGAAGAAAGAAAAGAUGGCUUUUAGAAAGAGGAAUACAAUUAAAUUUUCUUUCAAGAUAGAUAACCUUUCUCCAAGAAAGGGAAAGCAACAAUUGUAUGAACAGAGAAAUGAACCAGCUUUCAGAAAUUAAGGAAGAGGGGUCUCUGGCCCUGAUGUGCGAUUAAUAGUAAUGCAGAUGUAUUUUCAUUUUGGUUGAAAGGCAUCAAGACUUGAGAAAUGCUUUAGGACUAGAUUUUUGAUUUUCUAAAGAACUAUCAUUUGCUGUAAAAUAUCUACUCAGUUGUUUGGGUUGGGUUUCUUGUUUAUUGCUUCUUUUUUUAAAAAAAAAAAAAAAAAAAAAAAAAAGCUUUGUUGAGUGGCUCCGGGCUUAUUUGCCUAAAUUCUUAGGUAGUUUACACAAGUUCUAGAAUCUUUUAGAGCUUUGACUCCAUUGGAAGCAAACCUAGCUAGUCAGAAUCUGAGAUCCCGGUUGGUGUCACUAGGUGUUCUGGAAUUCUGACAGAACACCUAAGGAUUGUUUUUAGAAGGUUUUAGAUACAUUAUCUUACACAAACUGUGACCUAAAAUGGCAAUAAUUACCUCAAACGUGGGCAUUCAUCCUGGUUUUAGCCUUUUUUGAAAUCAUGUAGCCAGCUUGAUCUUGAGAUUUAAAAGACUGAAUUCUGUGUGGGCUGAAAAUAUUGAUUAAUGCACACCCUGGUUGUUGUUGCUUAAGUGAAUUCUAACAAAAGUUCAUCUUUAGAGAAGAAAUUAAACCAAGGAAGGGAUGAUUCUCUGCGUAUUGUAAUUAAAUGUGAUGUUCCAGUAUACCCACGCACAGCAUAUAUAUUCUUAGCUACUGUAAAAUGCUGUUAGCCUUCUGAGAUACCAAGAGUCUCACUUUAAACAAGUAAACUAAGUAAAUGACUCUGGAUACUUAAGCAUAUUUCUGGCUACGUUUUAUAGUUAAAGUGUUUUAUAGUUUACAUUUAAACUGGUACUUUUUAAAGAAAAUUCCUGUUUCUAACUGACAUCUCCAAACCCCAGCAAUUGCCUCUACAGGAGGAGGCCGUGUAUCCCCAAGUCACCUUUGUUCUACCUAUACUGUCCUGUGGCCCAGUGUGUGCAUUUCCCUCCAUAACGCUGGUUUCCAGGCGAGCUAGAGAGAAUGUGAAAGGAAGUCGGGAUGGGGUGGGAAGGGUCAGACCCCAGCUCUGGCCGGCUGGGGUCUCAUGCCGUGUUGGAUCCACGCUUGUCUGCAGGCCUCUGACACCUUGGAAGAGGCAGCAAAAACUGACCCCUGGUCCAUUGAUUUUUUUCUUGAUUUGAAUAUUUCACUUGUUCAUAGAUCUACUCGCUUCCAUUCACCAGGCAAUAGAAGACACUGGGAUUCAGGUGGCCCCAGAGAUCCAGCUGCUAUUUCCUGGGCCACCAGUGAUAUUCUGAGCAAUGUCGAAAAGAAGAACAAUACACCUCCAUGCCUGUAUUCAUUGGCUGGGGUUUUUGUAUAUCUGCUGUCUUACUCAUUCUCUCCUUUAAACAAAAAUCAGUGCAAAAGGACGUGUCUACUUUUCACGCAUGGUCAAGCUGAGAUGUGAGGCCCAGUUCAGUGAGCGUGAAAAGUAGGUUCAGUUCAGAGACUGAGCUGCUGAGCCCAAGGAUCUGGAGAAGGAGGAGCCCAGGCCGGUCCCCCAAGGCCUGGUGCACAGAGAGGGCUUGUGACAAUGAGAGAGCUUAGGGCAGGCUGGGAAGUGCUGUUUUCCUUAAGUCUUGUUUGGUUUUUAUUUUCUCUUGUGCCACCACCGGACUGUGGAGGACCUGCUGUGACCUCAGGUGCGAUUCAUUCCUCUAACAGAUGCGACCUUGAGAACUGCAGCACACUCAGGACCAGGGAGCUCUCUGUUCACAUCGUACCUUGGAUUUCUCCCUGUGGGCCACAGGGACACCAGGGUCUUGUUUGGCUUUCUUUGUUAGAAUUGUUGCUAUGGAGUGCUCUUCCUCUCGCCCUCUUAACUGUCCUCCCACCUUUGUGUGUGCUCGUGUGUGUGUGUGCACGCGUGUGCUUUUCCUUUGCACUAAUUAACCAAAUGAAUUUUGUGUCAUUGUCUUUGGGGCUCAUCUAUAUUUUUAAAAACUAGAGGUAUAGAAAUUGGCUCUUUUUAUUGUUUGAAAAGUAUGUUUUAAAGAGGGCUCUGGUAUUGCUCUUUCUAGUUCCCUUUCAACCAAGUCUCCAAAUGAAUCUCUCCUGGCACCGCCCCCCAGUUUUCCUUGUGUUGGGUCACUGUCCCUGUGGCCACCUCAGCCUCCACCUGCUGUCACCACAGCCCCGUGCCCAGGCACCCAGGACUUCCGAGAAGCUUGAGAGCCAGGCCGAAAGGCCCUUUGCCUGCUGUCAGAGAGCCACCCACUGGGCUCCAGGGACACUGGGUUAUUACUGUUGAGUCACCUGGCUCAGGUGGGAAGGAGGAACUUGGGAAGUGGAAAGUGAUUGUGCCAUCUCUGUAGCCUUUGUGGCUUCUGCAUGGAACUAGAGCAUCCCCACCCUGUCCCCACCCUCAGAAGGUGAAGUCCCUUUGUGCACUGCCCACCCCCCUUGUCUCUGUGUCCCUGCUUAUUUAAAGCUUGCUUUUUUCCAUGCUUUCCCAGGGCAUAACCAUUUCAGGCCCCCAAAGCAUCUCUUCACCCUCUUCACGUGCGUUUUUUUAACCAAAUGAAAUAAAGGAGAAAGGCACACUCUGGGGCAGCAGAAGCCCUAGUUAGUAGAAUCACUGUGUAGACAGAGUUGUUGAUAUAUAUGUCUGUGGAUAUAUAUCAAACCAAAUUCUGGUAGGAGAAGAUAGCUUUACGGCUGAGGGGAAGCGGAGCCCUGUAGAGGUCGGAGCCAGCCUUAGCAUGGGCAUCCCUGCUCCUUCACACAUGGGCCAGGUGGCCCUUGUCCCUCUCACCACAGUGGAGCUGGGUCCUGAGGGGGCCACCGCUCUCUGGUCCCCAGCAUCAAGGACAUGGAUGAGGAAGAGGUGGCAGCCGAUCAGAAUGACUGGAAUUUUCCAGGCUGUUUUCCUUUGACCACACAUACUGAGCUGCAGCCCGAUAGUAUAUCACAUUUCCAGAAAUGAUACCCAUUAGGAUGGAAAGAGAACAGAUCUGUAGAAAUGUUUACCUUCCAGCUGCCCAUGAAUUCAGGACACUCUGGACAGACAGGCACACUCGCCAGAAAGCCAGCGGGAAAGAGGAAGCCUGGUGACACCCGGUCCCCAGCCCUAGGUACAUGGCUCCCUCCUGGUCACCUCACCCAGCUCUUUCUCUACCGGGUCAUCUUAGCUCAAUCUCAGUAACCCCAUGAAGCCCUGGUCCGUUGUGUUUCUCACUGUACGGUUUCUGUAAUAAAAAGUGUUAAUCCAUGUUAAUCUGUGUGAAAAUUAUUGCGUGCAACAGUAUUUUCUUGUGUACCUCUUUUCCCUCUGUGAAUUGUCCCUCUUUUCUUUUUUAUUUAUAAAUGUCUACUUUUUUAAAGACAAACCAAUGUGUUGUAGACCUCUGUGUAACUAUUCCUUAGUCUCAUAUUAUAGGUAUGUUAUAAGAAUGGAUAUUUUACUUGGCUUUAGAAUGUUUUACAAGAAAACUAAUUCUUAACUGAUCAAGUCCUUGCUACUAAAAUGCUUGUGUUUUUUCAUCAUGAUGUCGUGUGCUUCUAAAUUAAUCAUUUUCGUUGUAGAAAAAUGGAGUGAAUUUAUAUUAGUCUUGGAAACUAAUAGCAUUGUAAAUUUAUGAGAUGAUUUUAACAGAAAAAAUUAUAGAAGAAUAUAGUUAUUUUAAUUGUAAUAUUACUAACUGUAGGGUGAGAAACGGGGUCCUGUUGUGGUGAACUAUGUUAUAGCUUGUUACAGUUUCUUUUGAUCAUUUUUUCGGUCUCUGAGGUGAAACGAGUUAUUAAUUAAAAUUUGUAAACUCACAUAUGCAUAUUGUAUAUGUGUAGAAAUGUAAUCACACUUCGUCUUGGAAUUACAUUAAACUGUUUGGAAUCACUGGA